CAAACAUGGUGGUCGAGGAACAAAAAUUUUCUAAUUUUCACCAGAAUUUCUAUCAAAAACAUAAUUUCUAGAUUUGAUUACUUAGUAUUCAUUGCUAAACAGGAUGGAUAAGAAACCAAUAGUUACAUGUCAUGGGGACCAGAGUUUAUUCUCAUCAGUCCAGCCUAUAUUGACACAACAGAUAUCCAAGGAACCAGUAGAAUGGAAAAGGUCCUAUGGCAGAUCAAGAACAGUGUAUGUUGAAGCCCUGUUUGUUCCAUUCAGUGCGGAGAUUCUCCCAAAGGAGAAUGAGACAGCUUUACUGGGACAACCUUUCUUUCAUAUUUUCUGGACUGAUUGUGAUAGUGAUGGGUACAAGUCACAGGUGAAGGACGACAUCACAGCCUGGUUAGGAGCGCUAAAGACCAACGACAUCUCUGAUUGGCUGAUCGUUGUCAUUAACAACGAUGACCGCAAGACGAAGCUUCUUCCGAGGACUUCUGUGAUUGAUCGGGUGAAGAGCGAUUUCUGUAGCAAGUAUCCAGACAGGUGCAUCUCUCUGCUGGAACCGCUCCGAAAUGAUUCAAGAACAUCCGAAUCCUGGCAGGGCGUCCUCCAGCGAUUGCGUCAACUCAUCUUGAACUCAUUCAACAAGAACAUCAACAAGUUCGAGGACAAUAUGAGAGCACAGAGGGAACGUCGAAACGAGCCAGGGUGGAAUUUCUGCCAGUACUUCAUGCUUCAGGAGGAGCUGGCCUUCACAUAUGAGAUGCUGAGUCUGUUUGAGGAGUCUCUCAUCCAGUAUGAUGAGCUGGAUGCCCUCUUCACACAGUUUGUUGUCAACCAUGCUGCAGGAGAGACUGCUCAGUGGUUAUCCUCCUUCUCCCACACUAUCACCUGCUGGGAAGGUCUCAACCUUACGCAAGUCAUGGAUGUCCAGAAACGCGCCUUGAUCAAGGAAAACCGAGCGUCCCUCCUGGACUUCCGCAACUAUCUCUUUGGGAGACAGUGCUCCAUGUUGUUCCUGCUCUUUCGCCCCUGGGAAGUUGCACAGCGGGCUAUACCUUUCAUGCACAACUGUGUACAGGAGCUGGCUAUUUUGGAUUUGAACAUGCCCAUCGGUUCAGUAGCCUGCUGGGUCUUCCUGAGUACAUUAUCUGUUUUGGAGACGUGCGAGAGGUUCAGUGACAGUACUCAGUUGGAGAAUUAUUCCCUUUAUGCAGCGAACCUCUGGGAAUAUGCUAGAACUAAGCUUCUCGAAUUGGGUAAACUCUGCGGUCUGAUGCCUGACACUGAGACGACAUCAGCCCAGUUAAACACGGUGGUGGACCUUCUCUCUGGCAUCAAUAAUGAACCAACCUUAGGUGGUGUGGAUUCUUGUCCGAGUGCUCGACUAGGAGAGGCACUUUCAUCCACAGAGGCAUUCCAGAAACACUAUUUGGAGCUGUCGGAGUUGGCUAUGGGAACGUAUAAACACAUUGGCAGAAUCAGAUCAGCCAGACUGAUUGGGAAGGAUCUCGCGGACUAUUACAUGAAGCUUGGUGAAUUCUCCAAAGCAGAGGCGUUUUUGACUGAUGCCUAUAAGAUGUACCGGACAGAGGGCUGGGAGUAUUUGAUGGACAAUACCAGGAUUGAGAUUGCGCAGUGCCAGAGGCUGCAGGGAAAUGUGCAUCGCUAUGUGAAAUCCUGUGUCCAACUUGCCAGCAGUGAAACACUCAAGAAAGACAGCAAAAUGACCUUUUGCAAGGAGAUUGUCAGGAUUGCAUCGGGAGGAGAAUUAGGUGGACCUCUCCUCCUUCGUACUGCCCCUCUCUUUCACGUCGUAUCAGUCUCGAUGCCUAACAAGAAGAUCGUCUUAGGAGAAACAAUAGAAGUCAAACUGACAUUAGAGAGUAAAAUGUGCGAGACUAUCACAGCCUCGGCAAUCGGAAUAUCGUUGUUAAAAUCAGAAAAUGAACAUGAAGACUCCGAAACUGAUCCAAAUCAUUCUAAAAAAACUCACUCUCGCACUGCAAGCGGUGCGAGUCUGACAAGCAUAGACAAUCCUUAUUUUCACACGGAGACGGUUCCAUUGCAACAAUUUCUCGAAACAAAGGAAACUGGUGCGUUAAUAUCAAGCGCAGUGAUUUGUUCACCGGAGUCGACUGGGAAGCAUUUCCUGACAAGGCCGGUGAUGGGCGUGCGGGAAAAGGAUAAGGAUAUUGCGAAGGAGAGUUUCAGUUUAUGUGCCAUGGCGAAAGAUGUGGAAUUGAAGCCGGGGAUUAAUGAAAUGGUCUUGUCAUGUAAGGCCAAUGUUCAGUCAAUCUUCUCUCUACACCAGUUGUGUGUCAGCUACUUCAGUUUAGAAUUCCUCCGAUAUAUGACGGAUUACAAUAUUGCCUUCUCCGUCGUGUCAGACCAGCCGACAGUCACAUUGGCUCCUGACCAAGGUGCGCUAUACGCUGGCCUACCCCAAGAGCUCCUCCUGACCAUCAACACGGGUAGCUAUGGUAUAAGGAAGGACUCACUGCUGAAGCUUCUUGCAAGCGACGGUCUAAAGCUGAGUAUCCUGGAUGUUCCGGAUGACACACGGAUUACUUUACCCGACUUACAGCCAUACGAAUCAUUGGAGUAUAAGGUCGAAGGAGUGGCAGAUUUACCAGAGAACAAAGUCGAGGAUUUGAGUCACGAGAUAACUAUUGAGUGUGAUUGGCUGAAGAAAGCACUAUCCAUAGACAUGGAGUUCCCACAUCCAUUUCUGGUGACACAUAAAAUCUACACUGCCGGAAAAGGGAAGAAAUACAUCCAGAUAAAAGCAACGAACAAGACAGAUAAUGAUUUCCUUUUGAGUGACCACAAAUUAUCGGUCAAGAAUACCGGUGAUGUCGACAUGGUCUCCUUGAACAGGGCCGAACAAACCUUGAUUCUGUGUCCGGGGAUGAAUGCCUCGUACCUUUGGCAGAUCCACAGUAACAUUCCUACACCUCCGCCGCUCGACUGCGAGUUCGCUGUCACAUACCAAGUGCCGUCGUUCGAGAGACCAAAGGAGACGCAAUGCUCAUACGGUUUCUGUUUAGAGAACUACAAGACCCUGCUGGCCAUCAAUGCGGCAGUCACGCCCCAUUGGAAUGAAAGAAUGUGCAAAGCUGGCCAGUUGUGUCAGUUCACGAUCAACAUCACACGGUCAGAAGACGAUGACAUUAAACGGCAGUUGAUGUACGAAGUCUUACCCGAUAAUGAGAUGUGGGCGAUGUGUGGUAAAACAACAGGCGUUCUCAAUGAGGACAAGAAGAAUCAUGAUAUAACGUUGGAUCUAAUGCCCCUGAUCGGGGGCUUCCUACCUCUACCGGAUAUCAGAGUUGUCAAAUUCAUACCGCCAAGUGAAGAUAAUGAGCAAGAGAAAUCAAACCAGGAUACGCCACCGUCGCCAAAACUCAUUCCAUUCAACGCGGGUGAAGUCUACAACAGAAGUAUUGCGCAACAGGUUCACGUGGAGCCAGCAAAUAAUACCAGUACAAUCGAGGUCACGCCAGUUCUACAAUAAACAUUUACUUCAUGUGUCCGUUGGUGAAAUCGAUGUACAAGUGUUGAACAAGAGUAUUGUGCCACAGGUUCACGUGGAGCCACUGAAUGAUACCAGUACAAUCGAGGUCACGCCAGUUCUACAAUAAACAUUUGCUUCAUGUGUCCGUUGGUGAAAUCGAUGUACAAGUGUUGAACAAUAGUAUUGUGCCAAAGAUUCAAGUGGAGCUAGCGAAUAAUGUCAGUACAAUCGAGGUCACGCCAGUUCUACAAUAAACAUUUUUUGCUUCGUGUGUCCGUUGGUAAAAUCGAUGUACAAGUGUUGAACAAUAGUAUUGUGCCACAGGUUCACGUGGAGCCACUGAAUGAUACCAGUACAAUCGAGGUCACGCCAGUUCUACAAUAAACAUUUGCUUUGUGUGUCCGUUGGUGAAAUCAGUUGUACAAGUAUUGAACAAUAGUAUUGUGCCACAGAUUCACGUGGAGCCAGCGAAUAAUACCAGUACAAUCGAGGUCACACCAGUUCUACAAUAAACAUUUGCUUUGUGUGUCCGUUGGUGAAAUCAGUUGUACAAGUGUUGAACAAUAGUAUUGUGCCACAGAUUCACGUGGAGCCACUGAAUGAUACCAGUACAAUCGAGGUCACACCUGUUCUACAACAAAAAACGACAAAAAAUAGACAUUUGCUUAUGUGUCCGUUCGUGAAAUUGAUGUACAUGUUUAUGUGUUGAACAAUAGAACUGUGCAAUAGAUUUGUGGAGCCAGCUUUAUACAUGUAUAUUGAAUACCAGUACAUAUAGCAUUGAGGUCAGACCAAUCCAACAAUGAAGUUGGAUUCCCAUAUCACCAAAGUCUAUUUAACUUGGGGGGUCUGCUCCCUUGAACAUAUGUGUGAGGCAUCACAGCAUAGGGCAUAUCACGCAGAAGAUGGGCCUUAAUGAUAGCAGGAGAUAAUGGAAGAAAUUGAUGUACUGAGAUUUCACAAAGGCAGACAACAGUGAAAUGAACAAACAGUCCGUCUCAACCUGCCAAGCUCGGGUCAACUGUGACUUCAUUCAGAUUGUCAAAACUUCUGUCGAGGAUUUGCCUUGUUUGCCUGGCUUUAGACAGCAGUCCUGUUAGAUCUUCUGUUAUAGUAGGUCGUCAACGAUUUGAGGUCUAAUAGGCCUAUGUGAACACAGUACAUCAAUACACGUACAUGUAGCAGUUCAAUUCAGGCUUGACCUUGUAACAGACAUAUCUCUACACACUGCUAAUACCUUGGUAAAAUUACUUACGAUGGCAUGGAAACAAUCAGUUUGGAAAGUAGUGGCUAUAUAUCGCGUGGCGGGGCGGUAAUGCACAUGCUGAAGUGAAAACUGUGAUGUAUUGAUCUAGUCAAGCGCAGUAGUUCAGAGAUUUUCUGGUGGCACAAUGAUGCCACGUUAUUCUAGAUUUUUGGUUUUAGUUUUGAGGGGUCAUCAAGAAUUAUCAAAUUUUCAAAGAGCACUAAACCUACGCUGGGGGAAAUGGUCAGUUUUAAACUUUUUCUUGUAUCAAAUGUUGAUCCAUAAUUUCAAAAAUCAACAUUUGUGAGGGUACUCUUUCUGGGGGGGGGGGUCUUUGAAAAAGAGUAUGUUUUCUACUGUUUUGAAAAUGUUGAUAAUUAUGGAUGAUUCCUUGAUUCAAAAUGUAUGUGUAUUUAUGCUGACCUUCGGUUCUCGAAAAAAUUGUCUCUUACAACGUGAUUUUCUUUAUUAUUUUGAGCUCCAAAUAAUGUAUAAUGUGCAAGAGGUGAAUAUUGUGAUAACAUUGUAAAGUAUCUAUAAUUCUACUACCACGGUGUGAUGAACUUGCCCUGACAAAUCGAAACACCAAUACUGGUCAUUAUUUUGCUCGAGUGAAAUGUCCUGAUGAAUUCAAACUAGCAAGCUCCGGCAAGUCACUCCCGUAUGAAGUGUAUGGAGAAAUUUUACGUACAGCCUCACCACAAAUUCCACUACAUCACGCAUAGAAUUGAUAGGCCUACUGACACAUCUUAUGUGAGCGUCUUUUUAGCUCAAACUAGCUAUAAAUACACCGGUUUACAUGUACAGUGGAGCCGCCCUUUGUGGACACCUCUCUAUAAAGGACAACCUCUCUAUUAAGGACACUAGUUUUGGUCCCAAAUUGGUUGUUUCCAUUCAAUUUGACCUCUCUAUUAAGGACAGCACUUGUCAGUCUCAAGGGUGUCCUUAAUAGAGAAGUUCUACCAUCCGAUGACUAUUACUGUAGCCGUCGGUCUAAACAGUAUUUUGGCCUUCCAUACUCAGAACAGAUCAUAGACAACAACUUGGCCUCACUGUUUGGAGAGAGCGUUCUAUAGUUAUUGCUACAAAAAUGUAUUGCCAACUCAUUUGAUGACACAGAUCCUCAGGAAAUACCUUUCAGGGUGGUCCAUAUAGGCCUAAAUUGGAAAGGGCAAAUAUACAUAAUGACUGCAAUCUAGCUUUUACUUUUAAAUCGAAUCAUCAUCAUGCUAAUUGCUGUGGA